AGUAAGCUCAAUCAUCCCUAAAAUAUCAACACAAUGGAGCUUCAUAUUUCCUUCGUUAUUGUUCCCUUUUUUCUAUUGUUCCUAUUUCAUUUGCUAUCAAAAUAUUUCAACCCAAAAACAAACAAAUUGCCACCUGGUCCAAAGAAAUUUCCUUUGAUUGGUAACCUUCAUCAACUAGCCAUGUCUAAGAAACUUCCACAUCAUGCUCUAGGAGACCUUGCUCAUAAAUAUGGACCUCUAAUGCACCUUCAACUUGGUGAAGUUUCUACUAUAAUUGUAUCAUCUCCAAAAUUUGCAAAAGAAGUAAUGAAAACACAUGAUCUUGUUUUUGCCAACAGGCCAAAACUUCUUUCUUCUGAAAUUAUGGCUUAUGGCUCAAAAGAUAUUGUGUUUUCUCCAUACGGUGAUUUUUGGAGACAAUUGAGGAAAAUAUGUGUCUUAGAGCUUCUAAGUACUAAAAGGGUUCAAUCUUUUUCUUAUAUUAGAGAAGAUGAGUCUACAAAGAUGAUACAAUUGAUUCAAUCAUCAGCAAACUCAACAAUUAAUCUCACUAGUAGAAUUUUAUCGAUGGUGAGUAACGCUAUUGCAAGGGCGGCGUUUGGUGAAAAAUCACAAGAUCAAGAGGAAUUUGUUGUAUUGGUUAAAAAGGUUAUAGAUUUGACUAGCGGACUUGAUAUUGAUGAUUUGUUUCCUUCAAUUAAACCAUUACAUAUGUUAACUGGGAUGAGAUCUAAAUUGGAGAAAUUUCACAAGCGCGUAGACACUAUCACAGAAAACAUUGUUAGACAACAUCAAGAAAAGCGAUCAGGAAAAGAAGACAACAAUAUUGAUGUUGAGAAUGAAGAUCUUGUCGAUGUUCUUUUGAGAGUACAACAAAGUGGUAACCUUGAUGUCGAAAUAACAACCAACAAUAUCAAAGCUGUGAUUUGGGAUAUAUUUGUUGCUGGAACUGAUACAACUGCAACAACAAUAUUAUGGACUAUGUCAGAACUGAUGAAACACACUAGUGUAAGGAAAAAAGUACAAGAUGAAUUAAGAGAAGUAUGCAAAGGAAAAGAAACAAUACAUGAUUCUGAUCUACAAGACUUAUCAUAUUUAAAGUUAGUAAUGAAAGAAGCAUUGAGGUUACACCCACCUUCUCCAUUAUUGGUCCCUAGAGAAAGCAGUGAAUUAACCAUCAUUGAUGGAUAUGAAAUACCAAAAAAUACUAAACUUAUUAUCAAUGCAUGGGCUGUGGCAAGGGAUCCUGAAUAUUGGAACGAUGCUGAGAUGUUUAUUCCAGAGAGAUUUAAUGAUAAUUUAGUUGAUUUUAAAGGGAAUAAUUUUGAAUUUAUUCCUUUUGGAGCUGGAAGAAGAAUGUGUCCCGGUAUAUCAUUUGGUUUGGCUAGUGUUAUGCUUCCUUUGGCUUUAUUGCUUUAUCAUUUUGAUUGGGAGCUUCCAAAUGGGAUGAAACCUGAAAAUUUGGAUAUGACUGAACAUUUUGGAAUGGCGGUUGGAAGGGAGAGUGACUUGUGUUUGAUUCCUAGUGUUUAUGUCAUCUGAUUCCACAUGAGUCAAGUUAAAUAUCUAGUCUUGUGAUAUGUAAAAUUUCAACAAUAAAAGUUCAACCUUAGUCUUGUUGUAUUAUAAUAAAAUGUGAUGUGAUGUGGUCUUAGUAUUGCAGCUGCAAUGGUGUCUACAUUGAUUCUGCUUCCUUUAUUGGAGAGAUCUAGUUUUGUCCUGAUUCUGAUUCCUUGUUCUCUAUGUUUGGCACCUCUCGUAUUUUUGGUGCAGUUUGUUUUGUUGGUUCUUUGUAACUUUUUGUUGUUUGUUGUUGUUUUGGUACUUUUGGUCUAGAUGGACACUCCUUGUGCCAUUUCUUUGUGGUGAUUUAUGUGUACUUUGGUCGUUAGUGCCUUCUUCGUUUUCAUUUAUAUAUUUCAUUUGCUUUUAAAAAAUCCAUAAAUGCAUUGAUUGUAAAUCAUAUGGUAAUCAAACCACCAA